AUGUCCAUCCAGAACCUUAACACAUUUGACCCCUUUGCAGAUGCAAUUAAGGGUGCAGAUGACGAUGUUCAGGACGGUCUUGUUCAUAUAAGAAUUCAACAACGGAAUGGUCGUAAAACAUUAACAACAGUGCAGGGAUUAUCAUCUGAAUAUGACCUGAAGAAAAUUGUGCGAGCAUGUAAAAAAGAAUUUGCCUGCAAUGGCACUGUGAUUGAACACCCAGAAUACGGAGAAGUUCUUCAACUUCAGGGUGAUCAACGAGAAAACAUCUGCCAGUGGCUAACCAAAUCAGGAUUGGCCAAGCCUGAUCAACUAAAGGUUCACGGUUUUUAA